AUUAGCAAAAAAAAAGGACCAAUCAAAACCACGAAAGCGAAAGUCGCGAUUGUUUUGGUGCUGCUUCACAAGUGAGCAGGAGCAAUUUGUCUCCAUCUGUGAUUUAGUGAAAAAUGCGCCACUAAGCGUUACUUCCGCCCGGGCGCCAGGAGGUUGGGAGUGUGUGAGCGUGCGCGAGUGUGAAGCACCGAAAGCGGUAAAGUUCUAACUCCACCCAAACGCAACCACACCACAACGACGACGUCGACCAGGAGGACAAAGACAAGGGCUAGGAGGGCUUUCCAGUCCAGAGCGAUGGAGUGUGACGAUGCGGCCGUCGAACGCCAGAAGCUAGUGUCGAACGAUGAGGAGGACGAUCAGAACACCAUCACGAACCUUUCCUCGAGCGGGCAGGCCAAAUCCGUACAGACGCCCAUCUCACCCGUUCUGAGCAACAAGCUGUUUUCCAGCGGCGAAACUAGCCGAAGCCAAAACUCUACCAGCUACUCCCUCGGGAAAGGGCUCGCGAACGAUGCACCGCUGGCCGCAAAAGUCAACUACGUUAACGAACGCAAAGCGCAGGAUACAAAGCCGAAGGCGAAGAAAAUCCAACGAGAGCUCACACCGACCGGUGGUAUUCCGAUCACCACUACUACCACCAAUACCAACACAAACACCAUCACCACUGCCACCGCGGUUGGCACAGCCUCCUCUUCCAGCACUAGUAGCAAUCUCCCGGACGGGCCGAUCGCCGCACCACCGUCGGUGACCGUUCCGCAUGCCGGCAGCGUACCGCGCCAGCUCCAAUCUCCGCCACCACAGUACCAACGCCCGAAACCGCCGGACUCGUUGCCCUCGGCAACUAGCAGCGGUGUUGGGGGUGCCGGUAGCGGUGGUGGUGGUGGUGGUGGCGGCGGAAGCGGUGCUACCAAACUGCGCCACCCACCGAGUGUGAAUCCUGUGUCGUCUGCCUCGGGCAGCUCCAUAACGCUCAAUGCAAAAUCGCACAAUUUCUCAUCCCGUCCACUAAAGCACCAUUCUUUUAUAUCAGAGGUACCCGACGUGCGGCACAUGGAGCGAGCGCUACUAGGAUUGCUGGAGGAUUUCCAUUCCGGCAAGCUGAAAGCUUUCGGUUCCGGCUGUACGAUGGAGCAGAUGACGAGCAUCCGCGAGCAGCAGGAAAGUUUGGCCAAACUACACUUUGACCUCGGCACAGAAGCAUUUACCGGUGGCAGCAAUAAUCCGAACACCGACAACGAGCUGCAAGCGCAAAGCAAUAUGAAGAAGCUGGUGCACAAGCUGGAACAGCUGUCCUUCUCGAUCGAGAAGCUUCAUUCGAGCAAUGUGGAAAAGUAGAGCCACCGCGGCUCGGAUGUGUGGACCGAGACUGACCUUAACGACGGCGUUGUUAGUCUUUAACCGAAUUAGGAUAAAACUACUGUGGUAGCGGGAAAAUCCAGGAGGCUGUAUUACGAACGGGAAAAUCGUAACAUAGCAACGGCGCAACCAGAGGGACAGAGCGAGAGAGAAGAUAAUUUUACGAUGCGAAUGAAUAAUGUUUUGUACAUUUUGGGAAUAAAACCACAAAUUUUAUGUUA